GGCUGGAGGUCAUUAUCGACCCGAUCGCUUAUUACAUGUAUAUCUUAGGUAAAUUAUAGGGAAUCUAGGAAUCUAUCUAGAGUUGAAAAGGAGUGGAUAUUAGGUUAGGUACAUAUCAAUAAAGAAAGCUAGUUGCGGAAUAGGACUGAUAUUGGCUCUCACAAAUUACAACCCGUAUUCUAAAAAUAUCCUAUCAUGCGUACCUACAACAUGAAAGAAUUUGUACCUACCUACCUAUCCUUAGCUGUUGUGACAGACUCGUCUAUUUUCCCAAUCCCGUCAAACCUUUUAUAAUGAUAUAUAAUGAUACGUCAGAUAUUAUGAUAACUCCAACCGCAGCCUACCUUCCCGUGUAACUUCCCCUCGAUUCUGAGGCCGUAUCGUGCAGCUCUUCCCGAUCUGAAAUGAGUCACUUUGAGUGAUUGGAAGGGAACGUGUAUAAUAUCGGCCUUAUAUAUCUAAUGAUUGAAUAGAAGCUGGAUACUGGAAGCCGGUUGGUGCUAUGGUCGCUGCCUAUACCCGUUGACUCGAAAUGCGCGUAUGGUCGCACAACGAAAUGUCCUCACGGGCGGGGUAAUGUUUUCUACUUGAGGCCCAAGAGGCCCAUGAGGUAGCCUCGACUUAUAUUCAUCAUCGCCGGCUCCUAGUUUUCCAGCAAUAUGGCGUUUUCAUCAGAGAAUCAGCAAUAAUGGGCUCUGCAAAGACGUCAGGAAGGGUACCUCGGAUGGACCCUUACUCAAGAUUACUCCAUCGAUUCUACGAACCCCUGAUCUUAUCGAGAGUCCUCGGGCAGACGAGGGGAACGCAUACAUCGACCCCUCAGGACGGCGAGGGCCAAUCCAGACGUAGAAGAAGGCUGCUUCGGAACCUCGCUUACCUUUGCGAUCACGACAAAGGUGGCGAUGAGACUUCAUCCGUUGCACUCGAGGAUAACGACCAAUGCCACGUCUUCUGGGUCGCUUCAAAUACACCUCGCGCUGGCAAGAAGAACGUGGAGUUUCUGAAGUCGUCCCUGGCAACGAUACGCGUUAUCAUUGCGCUUGAAGAAGAACAAAGGGGGCCUCUCGAGGUUGAAUUCACCCGUACAUGUAUAGAGUUUGCUGGGCAUAGAGUGAAGAAGGAGGUCAAACUACUAUCGAGGGCGAUAAGAGACUGUCAGAAACGCACUGAUUACGUCGCGGAUUCCGAGUUAGCAACAUGGCUAGAACAGUUCAUAUUGGGCACAGCAGAGUCUACGACCGAUAUCUGCUUCAAAGCUUAUGACCAGCGAAAAGCGCCCGAGAUGCGUUCGCUAGAGAAUAUAACUUCCUCUAAUAACCAAGACGCCAGUUUCGACAAAUAUGUUUCACCCUUCGGCGUAGUACACCAUUGGUUGGGGCGGUUGGCUCACCAUGUGCGAGCACCGAAGGAAGUUAUCGAAGACUCUCUUGAGUUAGACCACCUAUUCGACCCGCACGAAGUAUGCUUGGUUAGAUCGCCACCAAGUAAUCCACGACCUCAGGCCGACUCUCUUACCGGGCUGGACGGUAUCUUGAAGCGGAUGUUGCCGGCCGAGGACCCAGAGCUGAAUGAUUAUACGGAAGCUCUAGCGUCUCUGGAUCGCAAGUUUCAAAUUACAAAGCGAGUCCGGGACGAGUACGACAAUAAGAACUUCCAGCCACGUAUCCAUGCCGAAAUACAGAUUUUGGAGCAUUUCUAUAAAAAUCAACUCCGGUACGUUGGCAACGAUUCCUAUAUCGGAUGUAGCAAGCCGGCGUGCUAUUGCUGCAAUCUCUACUUUCGACACCAUAAAGCCAGACCCGUGGAGCCCGAGUCGCAUCAGAAGAUAUAUCUGAACUGGGGAGUACCGGAGUUGACUCACGGGUCGAAAGACCCCGGUUACAACGCACAGCGAGAUCUGAUGAACAAGAUGCUGGAAACGAUCAGGAAAGACGCCUUGGCGCAGAUCAUCCAGAAAGCAGGGCCGCUUAAGUGGCACCCCGAUUCGCUGACGGGGAUUACCAUCUCAACGAGGGCGCUCCCGCCCAUAGUCAUGUCGGAGGGUAUCUCCGUCGCCAAAUCGCAACCAUCGCAACCGUCGCAACCACGGACUAUUGAAGAAUCAAGCAGUCCCUCUCUCGACGACGACGACUGAGGCUGCGGACGGGUUGAACUCCGAUUCCGAUGUCGGUUUCGAUUCGACUGGUGUUGCAAUUGUAUGACAUGGUUUGUCUUUCUUUUGCAGGACACUAUAUGAAAAGGUGUUAAGCCCGAUUGGCUUGUUGGUGUUAUCUCGUUGGGACUAUUACAUUUGGUAGUACCUGAGGUAUAUAUAAUUGUUAUCUGAUGAGGAUGUCACACCAUGACAUCGAAGCUGCAACAGCGGGUGCUUUAGCUUUAUCGAAAAUGGAGAGGUACAUUUUAAGUAAGGUGAUUACCUGAAUGAAGAUGAGAUAGGUACCUUACCUACCUAAUCUUGCAAACUCUAAGCUGCGAGCAUGUAUA